UAUAUAUAUAUAUAUGAAUGAUUUAUAUAGUCCAUGCAGCUUGAGCUACUAUGUCCAUGCCUUCGCUUCCCAUUUUCUUGUGUGCUCUCCUAAUUUUCUCAUUAUCUUUCCAUGGAAUCUUGGCUGUGAAGUAUGUGGUGAUUGUAGAGGCACCCCCGAAUCAUGGGGGCACCGUAAAAUUCAACACAAUUAUUGGCGGAAUCCCAUACACACAACAAAUAAUGGGUCAGAUCAACACCUUUAUCUGGUCCACCCUCUUUCAACAAAACACCCCGGCUGACAGAAAACCGGUAGAUACUAUACAACUUUUCAUUAAGGAUUUUAUAGGAGCGGAAGGAGUCACUUGGGGCAGUGAUAGGAUUAAUGUUAGUGCGGUUUAUUUAAGAGAUUACAACGGGCCAAUGGCCACGAAAUGGGAAUACACGUCCCUUUUGUACCAUGAAAUGACGCACGUUUUCCAAUGGAAUGGCGAGGGUAAGGCCCCUAUAAUGUUAACAGAAGGGAUUGCAGAUUACGCGAUUCUGAAAGCUAAUUACUUCCCACCGGCCUUUGCCAAGCCUGGUUCUGGGGAUAAAUGGGACAAGGGGUAUGAUUUCACGGCCCGUUUUCUCGAGUAUUGUGACGGGCUUGUUCCAGGGUUCGUGGCAAAGCUUAACAAAAUGAUGCGGAAGACUUACGACGUCUCCUUUUUUAAAAACUUAACAGGAAAGCCCGUGGAGCAACUAUGGAAGGAAUACAAGGCUAAACAUCCAGGGGUCGAUUGAAAGCUUGAUUAUAUAUGAAACAAGGCUAUAAUGUUAUUGCAUGGUGUUUGUGGUGAAAUAAAUUAAUUUACUAAUUUGAAUGUGAACAUGUUUCUAAAUUGUGUAAUCCAAUCUUAAUUUAA